AAAAAAUUUGUUACUUCAUCUUUCGCCGUCUCUGAUAUUGGCGCCAGGAGGAGUCACAUUUGCAAUAUUCUUAAAGUACCAAAGAUACAAGAGCAACCAGCAAAAAAAGUAAGAUGGAAGAUGAUACAGUCUAUGACAAGGCCAGUGCUGGUGCUUCACAAACUUAUCCAGCUCAGUGCUCCUCCUUGCGUAAGAAUGGUUACGUGAUGCUGAAGAGCCGUCCAUGUAAAAUUAUGGAAAUGAGUACUUCAAAAACUGGAAAGCAUGGUCAUGCAAAGGUUCAUCUUGUGGGUAUAGACAUUUUCACUAACAAGAAAUAUGAAGACUUGUGUCCAUCAACUCAUAAUAUUGAUGUGCCUAAUGUUAGCCGCAAUGAUUUCCAGCUUAUUGAUAUCAGUGAUGAUAAUUAUGUUACUCUGAUGGACGACAAAGGCGAGACUCGUGAUGAUCUAAAGAUUCCAGAUGGUGAGCUGGGACAGAAAAUAAGGGAAGAUUUUGGAAAAGAUGAGGCAACUGUUAUUGUGACAGUACUGUCUGCUGUAGGUGAAGAGGCUAUAAUUGCCAGCAAGAAUGCUACUAAUUGAACCCAAUUAGUAAAAUCAGUGUGCAGUAGGAAAACUGCUGUGUUGCAAAGGAUAAGGACGUAUUCUUGGAAAUGUGGUAUUCUGAUUCCAUACCAUCACACGAGGAAAAAAAUAUAUAUAUUGUAGAUAUAACCCUAAGUUUGCUUUUUGUGAGAAUGGUAUAUUUUCAUUCUAAUGUUACAGCAGGGAAUCAAAUUUUAAAACACACAGUAUUCUCUUUAUUUCUUUAGCUUAGUCUGCUCUAUAUAUGAUUUUUGAAUAAUGCUAUUAUAAUUGACAUCACCUGAAAAAUUAUUGGAAGUCUCUGUCCAAUUUCUCAAGGAUUAAUUUUUAUAACUUUGUGUUCUUAAUUGAAAAGUUUUGUAAGUGAUGGUACGUAUUUUCAGUACAUGCAGUAUAAUUCCUUAUUCAGUUUCAUCCAAAUUGCACCCAGAUCGAAAAGUUUAAACAGUAGGAAUUUAUAUAAAAAAUGUAAAUCUAUCCUGUUAUCAGAUUGUUUUUUUAAUUAACAAAUAGUUGGUUUAAACUAGAAACCAAAAAAUGUUGUUGCAGUGCCCAUUAGGCUAAUUUUAUACAAUAUUAAUAGGCUAUUGGUUAGAAAUCUAAAGCUAAAGAAAAAAUACUGUUUGAAAAACGUUUAUGGCAACUGUGCUUUUGAGCUUGAAUAAAUUAGAAAUUCUUUACAAGUCAGUGCACAAUUUUUGAUAUUUUUACCAUAUGCAAGGUACAUCGAGAGAAAAAUACUGAUUAUUUUAUAAAUGUUAUUUUAAUCCACUGUGAAAGUAAGCUGCUUACCAAAAAGUAUUUUUGUGUUAAGUUGUACAUAUUCCCUGCAUUAUAAAUAUAAUUAAAUUUGUUUAUUAGCAUUAUUUAAAGUCAGUAUUCAUCAAUAUACUGAUGAAGUAAAUAUCCAUUCAUUAUAAAAUAAGCAGAUUUUUUUUUCCAGUUACAACUUAAUCAAAAACUUAUUGCUCUCAACAAGUGAUGAUGCUUUAAAGAUUUUCAUCAGAGUUUUACAGAUUUUUAAGUGUUUCUGUAGUCAGAUAAAAAUCAAGUACAUAGUUAAUAUUUUACUUGGUUGUGGUAGAUUUAGUUUGUAGAAGACUGAAAAUGUAUUUAAAAGACGACUUCAUGGCCAAAUUUGACUGUUUAAAACUUGGUACACAACUGAUGUGUGGUUUGUAAAUAAACAAACUUUUAAUUAUUCACUGAAAAUACUCAAUUAUAGUGGUACAGGUUAUUUAAGAAUGAGAUCCUGAAGGAAGAUUCCAGACUGCUUCAAAUAAACAUUUUUAAUUCAAGUAAUUCAAUCUGUAUGAACUUACAAAUUGUUUUAUUAUUGAAACUCAUCAACAUAUUUCAGUGUAUUUGCUAGUUAAUAUGCAAAAAUGAUGUAUCAGUGGAUUUGGAAAAUCUUUUUUUUAAGAUAUGUUAGUAAAACUAGAAAUUACUAUUACUGAAAGAAGCUUACUAAGAAAUUGUGUUGCACUAUUUAGCUAAAGGGUAAUGUUCCUGUAAGAUAUAUAUACUGAUUAAGCUGGUAAUACAAGUUCAAUUUCAAAUGCAACUUUGUCAGAUAAGUUUUUCUACAAACUAUAUUUUUAAUUACCUUUGUUUUGAAAAUAGUGUCUUUAAGAGUUUUUACAUAUGGUGACAACAUUAAGAGCUAACUGCUUAUUUCACUGGCUUAGAUUCUCUUAAAUUGUGACCACUGAUGAUAAAAUAGAAAUCACUUAUUUUGAUUUGAAAAACUAAUGUAGGUUUAGUUAGUUACUUGACGUAAGGUUUUAGCAUUUGGAUAUGACUUUAUCAUGGUUAAUAGCUUAUAUAAUUACCUAAGACUAGAUUUUAAUUUCAUGACUACUAAUUAGUUUAUGUCCUGUGUUUUGGCUGUCUUCAGGGAUGUUGUGGUAUGAAAUUUAUUGGUCUUCUUGUUAGGAAGGCUGGUGAACCGUUCUUUGUUUGAGAGAGAGGGCAAGAGGUUAUUAACCAAAACUUGGAUAUGAACUAGUAUUUAGUAACAGUAAUAAUGGACUUAGGCAAUAGUAUAGGUUAGUAACCACAACAUUAAUAGUUUUAGAAUCGGUUUAACAGGUAUAUUUUUUAUGGCCUUUAUGUAAAACAUAAGUGCGAAACAAAAUAAAAAAUCAUUAGUAUUGAAAAAAAUUCAAAGUUCGAUAAUCAAAUACUUGUCGUGUGAUGUACGACCAUUAACAUUUUUUAUGUCCUGAAUGAUAAAUGUAUGUCUGGUGUUAAUAAGUCAUAUUUUUUUGGUAAAAUGAAUUUAUAUUUUGUCUUAUAUUAUGUAAAAUACUUAAUUUUUGAAAGGGUUUAUUAUUCCUAAAAUGGUCUGGUAGUAAUUCUUUAAAGUUUCAACUGGUUUUAUAGGUUUAGUGUUCAUAAUAUACUGGAUUAGCAGGUUAAAAACAAAUACUUGGUGUGUUUAAUCUUUUUUUUCUUACUCACUUUAUUUAUUAUACUGUUUUAUGGUUGGUAAAUGAUAGGUAUAAUAUUAAUCCAUUUUUUUUACUUUUUUAAUCGCAUUCCUUACAAACAGCAGUACAUUUUUAUGAUAUCGAGUUAAAAUCUUGCAAAAUGGUAGUUUUAUCCAUUAUUAUGAAAGUAAAGCAUUCUAACAUGUUUACUGGAUAAGAAUCAUUUGACUACUGUGUGCAUGAUACGUCUGAACUGAUUCGUGACUGCUAACCCUUUUAAUGUAUAUUUAAACAAGUUUCUUCUUCUAGUUAUCUCAUGAUUAGGAAGAGCUCAUGGUAUUACCUAAAUGUAUGUAUGGAAGGAAAAGACAUAAUCAUGCUAAUUUGAGUUUGCAAAAACUUCCAAAGAUUUGUUUCUGGUAGUAAACCAACCAUGUUGAUACAGCAGAUGUUAAAGUGAGGCUAGAAGAGAUUCUUUUCCUUUUCUUAUUAAAAUGCUGAACUAAUGAUAUGAAAAAUUAAGUCUCAUUUUGAGUUAUUUUAUUACAAGUUUUUAUAGUAAGUAAGAUUUGUUUUUAGAACAGAUAUGAUGUUUCAAUCACUGGUGUGAUCAUUUUGAGGUUAUCUUGUGUACUUGAGAAUGAUUGCACCAGUGAUUGAAACAUCCUCCCAUGUUCUAAAAACAAAUUUUACUUACUGUGAAGAGUGGAUUAAAUACUAUUGUAAUACGUGUUGUUGUUGUUGAUUACCGAGAUAGUUGAAUAAUGUUAAUAAAUCUUUCAUUUAUACUUGUACUAGUUCCAUUUAAGUCGUUUUCUAAUCAUAUUUCAAGUUACUAUGAAGAUUAAAUUGCUAUUUUUAUCAGUAGUAAUUGUAACAAAACCAUCAACAUUUAUAACCAAAGAAAUAUACAAAAAUAUGGUAUAGUUUCUUUGAGAAUGUUUGCAUUCCAAAUUUUGUUCUUUUGCAAGUUAAAUAUUAUAAAUGAUUUAAAUCUUACACGUGGAUGGUUCAGAGAAAAAAAAAGUUACUGUACUUUAUGGGAGUUCCGACAUCUAAAUACUAGCUACAAAUUUGUCUACUCAUUACUGUGAGUGUAUUACCACAGAAUUCUAUUUGCAUUGUUUAGUUUAGAAUCUAUUAACAUAGUUUUGAAACUGGGAUAAAAAGUUUUCACCAUACCAGUGUUUUCUUUACUAGAUAAGGACAGUCCCACAUAUGAACUGACGUGCAUUAGUUUGUUUAUUUUUAUUAAAAUCUACCACAAGCCAUUUUAAGAUUUGUUGAUAAAUUGUGUGGUGUUAUGUAAUUUUUGUACUUGAAAAUUACUUCUCUGCGAGUUAUAUUCUAUAAUGUUCCAAUAUUUUUUUUUUACCAAGACAAGACUUAAAUAAUAACCAACCUAUUUUUCUGAAAGCUACAAAUUCCCUUCAAUUGUUUAAUAUGAAAAAAAGUACUUUUGUAAAAUACCUAUAACUUUAUUUGUAGUAUUUACGUUUAUUGUUAUUCCUAUCUGGGAAUAAUUUACAAUGAUUAAAAUUGCCACUCCAAAAAUGCUAUGAAUAAAAGUAAAAAUGAAAAUUUUGAAUACCUAUAAAUUGAAGUAAAAUAUUUCUAGUUAAUAAAGUUGAAAUAUUAGGGGUGUAAUAAUGCAAUAAGUUAAACUCACCAUUGAAGGUUGUUUCAUUAGUGAUCAAUUUUCUGUGUAUAAAGAUUAUCACUUGGGUGUAAUAAGUAUAUCAACAACUCCUAUGUUCCUUGGCAGUAUAUUGAUUUUGAAAAAUACAGCAAUGUAUGGCUCAAUAUGUAAACGCUAAAAUUCAAAACCUUUCCUCUGGAAGAGCUUCUUAUAUCUGAGCAAAAAUGUUAAAGCCAGUAUUGCUAUUAAACUUUGUGAAAUGCUGCUACUGUGGACAAUAAUAUAUAUAACAUGUUCCUCACAUUAUAAAGCAGUUGUAUAUCACAACCAAUGAUAUCUUUACUCAGAUUUGUUUCCAGUAUCUACUGUCAGUGUUUCAACUUUACUAAACUUUCUGUAGCAUAACUAAACACACACUUCUGCUGGUUUUAACGUGUUUUCACAAAAAGGUGGUUUUUAGCUUCUGUUGUUUAUUUUCACACAAAAUGUACUGUGAUUUAUGUGGGUUGUACUGUUUAUUAAAAUAUUUUCUCAGUUGUGGA